GACUCAGCCCGUGAACCACGCCCCCUCUAAGAAUGAUGGCAUCUUCAUCGGAGCAGUUUCCCGCCAUUCGAGUUCACGGUGUAAAUGCCGUAUACGAUGUAGUGAUUGUGGGGGCUGGUAUUCAAGGUUCUGCUACAGCAUAUCACUGUGUGAAGCAGGGGUUAAAAACUGUGCUCCUAGAACAAUUCAGUCUACCUCAUUCCCGGGGCAGUUCUCAUGGCCAGUCAAGAAUCAUCCGCUACUCUUACAAACAAUCACACUACUCUGAGAUGAUGAGUGAAGCGUUCCCAAUGUGGAAAGAGUUGGAAAAAGAAACAAGUACACCGCUUUACAAGCAGACUGGUCUUUUGACCAUCUCACUUCCACCAAAUAAAGGACUCUACGAGAGUUCCCUGGAUCUGAUGAGAAAGUUUCAAAGACCACACAGGAUUCUGGACCACGAGACCAGGAAGAGAGAAUACCCACAGUUAGAUAUUCCCAAAGACGCCCUGGCCUUUCUGGAUUAUGGUGGAGGUACCCUGAGAGCAGACAAGGCUCUUCGUGCAUACCAGUCUCGACCAACAGAAUUUCAAUUCAAUCUCUUGGAAAAGUGGAUUUCAAUGCAACUGUAUUCAAUAUGUUUACAGGAUACAUAUAAGAAUUGUGGAGGCAUUAUAAAGGAGGAAGAGCCGGUUCUAGAGAUCACACCUGGUACCUUGGUGACAGUGAGGACCAGCAAGGGCACCUACAGGACCCGUCAUCUGAUCCUCACUCCGGGAGCAUGGGCCCAAAAGGUCCUCAGACCCCUGGGUUUAGAUCCACCAUUGACGGUGACCCGUAUUAAUGUACCUUAUUGGCAGGAGAAAGAAGUAGGAGCUAUGAGCAAAUUUCCUAAUGUCAUCUUUGAAACGGAAAAUAAAAGCUUUGUAUACGGACUGCAGGAAUUAGAAUACCCCGGCUUAACAAAGAUUCCAUUUAAUGGUGGCGCUGAUACGGUUGACCCAGACUACAGAGAUACCGUACACAACGAAGCCGUUGGACACAAAAGUGAGAUUGAAUUCAUGAAGAAGUUCAUCGCUAGAUACUUUCCCCUGUUGCUGAGUGAGCCAAGUAUCAUGGAAACCUGCAUGUACACGACGACUCCAGAUAUGGAGUUGAUUAUGGACAGACAUCCGGUCUAUCCUAACAUCAUUGUGUGCUGCGGAUGCUCAGGACAUGGAUUUAAGCUGGCACCCUCGAUUGGCAAGAUCCUGUGCAGAAUGGCGAUGGGUAAAGAGCCUCAUAUCGACAUCACAGCACUGAGUUUCAAGAGAUUCAGCAACUCCUGUCUCAUCAACAAACCAAAGUUAUAGCUCCCUCUCCUUGUGCAGACCACAAGCAAUAUGGCUCAUCAACAAAUCAAAGUUAUAGCUCCCUCUCAUUGUGCAGACCACAAGCAAUAUGGCUCAUCAACAAAUCAAAGUUAUAGCUCCCUCUCAUUGUGCAGACCACAAUCAAUAUGACUCAUCAACAAAUCAAAGUUAUAGCUCCCUCUCCUUGUGCAGACUACAAGCAAUAUGGCUCAUCAACAAAUCAAAGUUAUAGCUCCCUCUCAUUGUGCAGACCACAACUAAUAUGGCUCAUCAACAAAUCAAAGUUAUAGCUCCCUCUCAUUGUGCAGACCACAAGCAAUAUGGAUAUCAUCAAAUCAAAGUUAUAGCUCCCUCUCAUUGUGAGACCACAAUCAAUAUGGCUCAUCAACAAAUCAAAGUUAUAGCUCCCUCUCAUUUGUGCAGACCACAAGCAAUAUGGCUCACCAACAAAUCAAAGUUAUAGCUCCCUCUCAUUGCGCCGACCACAAGCAAUAUGGCUCAUCAACAAAUCAAAGUUAUAGCUCCCUCUCAUUGUGCAGACCACAAGCAAUAUAGCUCACCAACAAAUCAAAGUUAUAGCUCCCUCUCAUUGUGCAGACCACAAUCAAUAUGGCUCAUCAACAAAUCAAAGUUAUAGCUCCCUCUCAUUUGUGCAGACCACAAGCAAUAUGGCUCACCAACAAAUCAAAGUUAUAGCUCCCUCUCAUUGCGCCGACCACAAGCAAUAUGGCUCAUCAACAAAUCAAAGUUAUAGCUCCCUCUCAUUGUGCAGACCACAAGCAAUAUAGCUCACCAACAAAUCAAAGUUAUAGCUCCCUCUCAUUGUGCAGACCACAAUCAAUAUGGCUCAUCAACAAAUCAAAGUUAUAGCUCCCUGUCAUUUGUGCAGACCACAAUCAAUAUGGCUCAUCAACAAAUCAAAGUUAUAGCUCCCUGUCAUUUGUGCAGACCACAAGCAAUAUGGCUCAUCAACAAAUCAAAGUUAUAGCUCCCUCUCAUUGUGCAGACCACAAGCAAUAUAC